UCCUAGUGCACCUAUAAUGUAGUAGGAAUAUAUUUUAGUCACAAAUCGCAGUCACAUUGUUACGGGUGGGAUAUGAAAUAACAUCAGAAAAAUGUCACAAUAUACUAAUGGAGUACCCCUACCCAUCCUGCUGGCAGUGGGUCUGGCAGUGUUCUGCUUCUGUCUGGUGCUUGGCUGCAUACUGUGUUGGCGGAGAGGAAAGUGCCAUUCACAAGAGGACAAAGAGGCUGCCCUGCCUCCUACCUCAGCCACCUGUGAACGGAUCACUGUCACCCUUAACCCCUCCCCUGGCACCUUACCCAUCAAGCAGCAGUAUGAGGAGCUAGAUGGGGACGUCCUGGACUUCCCCUCCCCAAGGAGCAUCUCCUCCCCCUCUGAAGAUGACCUGGCCUUUGACCCUCGCCCCCGGUCAUCUUCUUCUGAGCUAAGGUCCUCCCCAAGGUCUUGCUUCCCCAUGCGCCGCCUCAGCACCCCGGCUGUGUCCUCCUCCCACUACAAGCCUUCAGUCCACGGCCACGCCUCCCAGCCCUCCGCCACCAAACUGGGCCUAGUCUCCAAAACCCAACGGGCGCUGGAACGCCGCUGCACUGUGACCAGUGACAACUUUCUGUACAACGAACAGAGCCGCUUAACUAGCCACGGAGGCGCCAUACACCCUCCCCGCCUGAAGGAGGCACUUUCCCAGUCACAGUAUGGUUCCAGCUCUAGCUCACUGUCUAUACCAACCAAGCCGGCUCCUGUCCUCCACUUCUCACUGCUCUUAUCACUGGCACGGGGAACUCUGACCGUCAACAUCAUGGGCAUGUCUGGCAUGAACCGGCGGCGCAGUGGUGUGUUUGUCCGGGCCAGCCUGCCCCCGCUCUGUCCCUCACCUCAGCAGGUGAUGUCUCGGCGGCGCAGCUUCAGUUCAGAGGUGCAAUGCCAGAGCUUUGUGCUGCCAGUGGGCUCUGUGGAGGAGCUGUGUGUGUGCACCCUCCGACUGGCUGUCUUCAGCAGGGACUUCUCAGGCCUGAGGGAGGCAGCACUUGGGGAACUAGAUAUACCCUGCAGGGAGAUGGACUGGGAGCCAGACACAACCGUCAUCUAUGCCAGAGAGCUCAGCCCCACCAAGAAUAAGCAGAAAAAGAAUAUGAGUUCCCAGGAUACGUUGAGUCAUAGGAAGAGUUCGUUGUGUGGUGGUCCACGGGCCCUGGGACAGCUCUUUAUUCUGCUGCAGUACCAGACACUGGCCCAUCGCAUCAAAGUGAUGGUCCGCAAAGCUGAAAACCUGACCAAACUCUCCCGGAUGCCAGGGGCAGCAGAUCACUACGUAGUCAUCAACCUGCGUCAGAAUGGGAAAGUGAUUGGUACCAAGCAGACCAAAGGGGCAGGAGGACACAAUGCUGUGUGGAAUGCUCCCUUUCUGUUUGACCUGCCUCUUGGUGAUGUUGCUCAGCUGUCACUUUCUCUGGAGUUCAUCAUCAUGCAGGGCAGGCUCUACACAAAGAGCAGCAUGUUGGGCCGUGUGCUGAUUGGCUUUGAAGCCCCAGAGACAGGACAGGAACACUGGAGAGAGAUGUGCAGUCGGGGACAGGUGGAGACCGCGCGCUGGCACCCCAUCACACCAGAAGUAGUGUAGAACUUUAAAACUGACCUGAUAGAGAUCUCAGCAUGGACGUUGCAGAAGAGAACGGGUGACUGGUGGUCAUCUUGACCAAUGACACUCACAUGAAGGACAGGUGGAACUGGACUGUCAGCGGUUAUCCUGUAUGCGUAUUUUCGUGAAAUUGGAUUUUAAGGAGAAAUAUGUCAGUUCAGUCCUAAAGGGUAUACUAGGGGAAUAGCCGAAGCAAUGUAUUUUUUGUUAGGUCUGGAAAUAUUUGGACAUUGACACAAUUUUCAUAAUUUUGGUUCUG